GCCUACAAAUUUUCAUCCACAUCUUCUCAGAAUGGAACCUCAGUCCAUGGAUCAAGGACCUCACCGGAGACACAUGGGAGCUAAAUUAUUCAGAGCUGCAAGCUCAGGAGAUGUGAAAGCAUUCUCAACUCUACUUACAUUCACACCAUCUAAUCAUCCUUCUCUUCUUGUUGAUCAGCUAAAUUUAGAUGUCCGGUCAGUCAUUCACGCUGCACCGGACACCGAAACAGAGAGCAUCUUCAGCGUCACAGCUGGAGGAAACACAAUCCUGCACAUUGCUGCCGAACACGGCCAUCUGAAGUUUGCCCAAGUGGUCUUCAAUCUAGAGCAAUCCCUGGUGGCCUCUGUGAACUCGAUGCUUGAUACUCCACUGCAUUGCUGUGCAAAGGGUGGUCAUUACCAAAUGUUAUGCUUUCUCAUUGAUGCUGCAAGAGAGGAAGUCUUCGGCCAUGCUUUUCAGGGCUUGCUGAGAGCUAGGAACUUGGAUGGUGACACAGUACUACACCAUGCGGUACAAGGCAAACAUUUUUUGGUGGUCGAGAAGCUGAUCGCCGUGGACUAUGGAUUAUCUUCUGUUGUGAAUAAUUCCGGCUUUUCUCCGCUUUAUUUUGCUGUAAUGCAAACUUCGGUAAGAAUGGUCAAAGCUUUGCUGAAAUCUUAUUCUUGCUCUUUUGCUGGUCCUGGUGGUCGGACUGCCUUGCAUGCUGCAGUCUUUACAUCAAAAGAAAUCACUAAGCUGUUGUUGGAUUGGAAGCCAGAAUUAGGCAGGGUUGCAGAUGAUUCCGGUAGCAUUCCGCUUCAUUAUGUAGCUGCUGCUGGUGAUUCACACAUGGCAAAUAUCCUGUUAGAGCAUGAUGCCUCUACAGCUUAUAUACCUGAUAAAGAUGGCUCCUAUUGUAUACAUAUUGCUGCGCAUAUGGGUCAUGUUGGUGUGAUUUGCAGACUACUUGAGCUCUGUCCUGACUCCAUUGAACUAGUUGAUGAUAGAUUCAGGAGAAGCUUUGUUCAUGUUGCUGUUUUGAAUCACAGACAAGGGGUUAUGAAGCGUGUCUUGCAAACCAAAGCUCUUGAGAAGCUCUUGAACCAGAAGGACUGUGAUGGGAACACGCCACUGCAUCUCGCUGUAAAAAAUGGCAUGAAAGAGAUUGUUUAUGAUCUUCUGAGUGAACGGAGUGUUGAAUCAAAUGUCAUGAACAAUGAAGGCCUCACACCUCUUGAUCUUUCCAUGACAUCAAUGGAGAUGAGCAUUGCCUACUUCUUUGUUUUUCAUUAUAUCAAAAGGAGUGGGCAGUUAGUGAUCAGCAGAUGUUUGGUAGAAAAUGGAGCUACAUUCAGUCCACAAAGACUGGAUCACGCAUAUGAUACGAUAACACAAAGAUUCGCCAGGCCAAAAGAUACAAAGAACAUUUUAUCAUUUUGCAAAUAUCUAACAAUUCUGUCAGUGUUGAUCUCCACAGUCACGUUCACUGCCGGUUUUACAUUGCCAGGUGGAUACUUCAGCGAUAACAACCAUCGCGAAGGAGCAGCAGUCCUAACAAACAAGUAUCCUUUCAAGGUAUUCUUAAUCUCAGACAGCAUUGCAAUGUGUAGUUCCCUCAUAGCCACAUUCAGAAUCAUCUACGCAGGAGGAUUAGAGAUGGAUAAUGCAUUGAGAGUACAACACUUGUCAAAAUCCAUGAAUCUACUUGGUGUUGCAUUUGCAUGCAUGGCUGUUUCAUUUGGGAUGGCUGCAUUGGCUGUUGUUGUUCCAGAAUCAUGGCCAAUUGGUAUCUUGGUGUGUGUCAUUGCUUUCAGUGCUCCUUUUAUCAGGGUUGUUAUAUUCCGUGGACCUGUUAUCAGUUCGCUGCGUGUAAAGAUAGCAAGAUUUGGAUUCAGAGGAUGGAUGAGAAGACUUAGAUUAGAAUCAAAACAUUCCAUGAGAUUGAUCACUGAUAUCAGAGACAAAGUAUCAUGUUGGGCGCUGUUUCAUGGUGUGUUCUUUUAUUUGCUGCUUUUUCUGAUCAUUUUUUUAGUAGCUCUGGUGUAGUUCAUCUGUUUGUAAUUGGUCACCAGUUCAAGUGACUCUCUUCUGUUUCAGUUUAACAUAGGCUUG